AUGCCCACAACGAACUGGGCAAACCCUGCUACCCAGAUUCCCAAUCGGAAACCCAUAAAGACGAUGUACCGUGUGCCUCUCGGCUCAGGUGCCUCAAUAACAGAACUCAAGUCCCGUGUCAUGACGGCGAAAGAGGCAAGCCGUGCCAAUACACUCUUGAACAAGAGACGUGGUGCUGCGCUUGUUGUAGAACACGAAACACCAGGCAUGUGCGUCGUACCACCUAUCGCUGUACCAAAAGGCGUUCAACUUGGCGUUGGACCUGGACAAAAGAACGUGAUGCAGUCUCUCCUUGAUAGCCAAGUCCGCGGUGGCGAUUACUCUAUGUAUAUGCCUGGCGCCGCGUUGCGCAAGCUGCCAUCCGAUGUGAAGCAGGCAAAGAAUCCCGAAUCACUUGCCCAGAUCCAGGCUGAUCAGGCCUUGGCUGAAAAUGCAACCAUUCAUCCCAUAGGCCGCCGCUUUCUUAUUGAGAGGCUCAGUGCUCAGCUUCACACACCGAGCUAA